GUGGAGUGUGAGCUCGUCCAACCAUCUAUUCAAUUAAAAAAAGUUCACAAGGUAAUAAAAAAUAGGAAAAUAAUUGAUUUAGUUUCAGUUUUGAAGUACUACAGUUACUUUCAGUGAAUCAGCCCCUUUUGUGCUUUACUCGCGGAAAAUUAAAAACUUUAUCUUCACAUUUCCACGUUUUCGAUAAAUUCAUUAUUAAUGCUCUCUAUACAGAAAUCUAAAAUUAAGGCAUUACCUUGAUAGAAAUGUAUUUAAAAAUUACAAUAAUUAAUCGAAGCUAUAAUACGAAGUCUUAAAGACAAACUCCGCCCACCGCUGUCCCCGCCUACAUCGCCGCUUACGCCGCUUGUCCUGAUUGACACUUAAAAUCAGUCCAGGAUCCAAGAGCUCAACAGCAGCCCAAACUGUUCAGACGUUUGUCAACUCGACAAUAUUCAUUAUUCGAAAAUAAUUUUAAUUAAUUAACAAAUUCGUAUCUUUAAAUGCGAAAACUAUCUUUCGUUCGUAUUUUGUUUAAAAUGUAUCAACAACAGUGGUCCUUUAAAAGUGUUUUACGUUGAGUCAUUAUAUUCGCAUACAUUGAUCUUUCGUACACAAGCUUUUAAAGUUACAGAAAGUUAUUCUAGAUCUUUUUUGAACGUUAAAAACAGCGCUCGGAAAGGUAGAUGUAAAAUGGAAUACAUUAGAACAGAUUUUCAAGCUUACGAAGACACUGAUAAAUAUGUUUACGAGACGAACAUACAAAGCUAUCAACCGAACUAUUACGAAUCUUACGCUAACGUGGACUGCCCAAGGGAAAUGCUUCCCCAGAAUUAUAUGCAGAUGUUUUACGAAUACCAUCCGGAAAGAGAUGAAGAUGACUGGUGGAGUUCUUGGGAUGAUUCUGUGCUGGUGAAGGAGGAAAUCGAAGGGGACACUAGUGCUGCUGGUUCCAGUAUUAGUGAUGAAGGACUACAAUCCCCCGCAGGCAACCGCAAGGAGCGCACGGCCUUCACCAAAGCACAAAUCAAGAGUUUGGAGGCAGAAUUCGCACGAGCCAAUUACUUGACAAGACUUCGGAGAUACGAGAUUGCAGUGGCCCUUCACUUGACUGAGAGACAGGUCAAAGUCUGGUUUCAAAACAGGAGAAUGAAAUGGAAGAGGACUAAGGGGGCCAAACAUAACAAGAAAAAGGAUUGAAGUUAUCACACGAGACUGUGCGCUAAUGUUUUUAAUCAAACCCUAACGACAAUAAAUGUAAUUAACAUGGGAA